CCCUGCCUGGGCCUGCAGCCGGGGGAGUGGGGCCUGGGCCCUUGUUUCCUCAGGGAGCUGCUGUUUGUGGGGAGACCUGCCCUAUCUCUGGUCCCUAUGGGCUCACACAACUGAAUCUGGCCUGCUUUUUGGUCUAAAUAACUGAUUUGGGUGGCAUGUUAAGCAGCAAUGUGUUGUGCUGCAGGGCUGGAUGCAAUCUGCAGCAGGCCUCAGCCUGGAGGUGCUGGAAGGAGUGGCAGAACUUGUGAGGGCUGGAUAUUGAAGUCUGCUGAAAAAUACGGAAUUUUGGAUUAAAAAGAAUUUUUUGUACUUAUCUUCGUUCAGAAAAUGAUCUGUGAGAUUGUUUUCUGGCCCUUGGAUCUUUUGGAUUUUUUCCAGUUAGCCCAUUAUCUUUCCUGAAGUGUGUUGCCCCAAACCAAACAAGACUUCAGCAGAAGCUUCACCAGAGCCAGCUGGAGGGAGAAGACUUCUCAAGUAGUCUCAAUGGUGUCAGAAAGAUGAAUUUCCUCCUGAGCUUUUCCCCACGCUGAGUUGUCCCAAGUACUUGUUCUCAACUUUGCUCCUUGGUGUCCCUAUGAUUUGGUGUGACUAUCCUCACAAACUAAAAAAUAUGUCCAUCCGAGGCUUGAAGAAGAAACAACCAAAGACUUUUAAAGUCAAAAUUAUAACAGUGGAUGCUGAAAUGGAGUUCAGCUGUGAGAUGAAGUGGAAGGGAAAGGACUUGUUUGAUCUGGUGUGCCGAGCACUUGGUUUAAGGGAAACUUGGUUUUUUGGCUUGCAGUACACAAUAAAAGGAAUGUGCACCUGGUUAAAGAUGGACAAAAAGGUUUUAGAUCAAGAAAUCCCCAAAGAAGAUCCCAUUAGCUUUCAUUUUUUGGCCAAAUUCUACCCAGAGAAAGUAGAAGAGGAACUAUUACAGGAAAUCACCCAGCAUUUAUUCUUCCUUCAGGUUAAGAAACAGAUACUCGAUGAGGAAAUCUAUUGUUCUCCAGAAGCAACGGUUCUACUGGCUUCUUAUGCUGUUCAGGCCAAGUAUGGUGACUACGACCCAAACUUUCAUGAGCCAGGCUUUCUAGCCCAUGAUGAACUUUUACCCAAAAGGGUCCUCAGGCAGUAUCAGCUGACAGCAGAGAUGUGGGAAGAAAAGAUUACUGCUUGGUAUGCUGAGCACAGGGGUAUCGCCAGGGAUGAAGCUGAGAUGAACUACCUGAAAAUUGCCCAAGACUUGGAAAUGUAUGGUGUCAAUUAUUUUCCAAUUGCUCAAAAUAAAAACCAUACAGAUCUCCUACUUGGGGUUGAUGCCAAAGGUAUUCAUAUCUACAGCAUUAACAACAGGUUCUCUCCAAAUAAGUCGUUUGAGUGGAGUGCUAUCAGAAACAUUUCCUAUAGUGAGAAGGAGUUAACUAUUAAACCUCUUGACAAAAAAGCAGAAGUCUUCAAGUUCUUUUCCUCCCAACUCAAAGUGAACAAACUGAUUUUGCAGUUGUGCAUUGGAAACCACGACCUAUUUAUGAGGAGAAGAAAAGUAGACUCAAUAGAGAUCCAGCAAAUGAAAGCACAAGCCAGGGAAGAAAAAGCUAGAAAAAAGAUGGAGAAUCAAAGGCUGGCCAGGGAGAAGCAGCUCCGAGAAGAAGCUGAGCGAGCCAAAGAAGAGCUGGAAAGGCGUCUUUUCCAGCUGGAAGAUGAAGCCAGGCAGGCCAAUGAGGCCCUGCUCCGAUCCCAGGAAGCAGCGGAGUUGUUGGCUGAGAAAGCUCAGAUUGCAGAGGAAGAGGCAAAACUACUGGCCCAGAAUGCUGCAGAAGCUGAGCAAGAGCGACAGAGGCUGGAGAUCACAGCUCUGAAAACCAAGGAGGAAAAACGCCUGAUGGAGCAAAAGAUGCGGGAAGCAGAGCUGAUAGCAGUGAAGCUUGUGAAGGAGUCUGACCGGAGAGCCAAGGAAGCAGAGCAUCUGAAACAAGAUCUGCAUGAAGCCAGAGAGGCUGAACGGAAAGCGAAGCAGAAACUCUUAGACAUAACCAGGCUUAAUUAUCCUCACAUAGUCAAUUACCCACAAUACUCGCCAACUGACACCAGAGAUGCCAACUUUGACAAAGGAUCCGUAAAGCUGGAUUUGAAGGACAUUGACCUCAAGAGACUAUCCUUUGAGAUAGAGAGAGAGAGGCUGGACUACUUAGAAAAGAGCAGAAAAUUCGAAGAUCGACUGAAAGAACUGAAGUCUGAAAUUCAUGCUUUGAAACUGGAAGAAAAACAGUCUGGGCUUUACUCUUGUUGGAAUGAAGUACUGGGAUCCUUGGAUCGCUCCUUAGGAAAUACCCCAUCAUGGAUGAAAACCUUUGAAACCGGAGAUUCAUUGGAUGUAAAUCGUCAAAGACCUUUCCCUGCUCACUCAGUAAAUACUACAAGUAGCUGGCCUUGUACCAACAAAAUUCAACACACGGUGCCAGUGGAAAAGUCAUCUUUUCAAGCAAAUUCCUUGGUUGCCAAUAGUGUGGGCACAGGAACCAGAAAACAGAUUAUAAAGUUAUGUGGCAAGAUGCACGUAAUAGUGAUCUGCAGUGGCGUCCUGUUGUCUCCUCAGCCUUGA